AUGAAUCGUUAAUAAGAGUAAAUUAAUUCUUAAGAAACUGAAAAAGAAGUUAAGUUAUUGAUUAAUUCUUUAGUUUUCAAAUGAAGUUAUCAGAAUUUGCAUUUUUAAUUGUGCUUGCUAAUUUUACAUGUUAAUCUUUAGUUGCAAAUUAAUAUGGUUAUUUGAUUCUAAAUACAUAAUAAUAUUUGCUUGGUUCAUGGAUUUGAUAACCUUUGUUAUAGUUAUGCUUGAUAGGAAUAUAGGCAAAGUAUUAUCUGUAGUUCAUUUUUUGGAGAAAGUCUUGACCAUAUCGUUUAAAGUAAAAUCAAUUUUUUUAAAGAUUAUAAUAGAUUACUAUAGUUAUUCAUUUUGAAGUCAAAGAAAUUAAACUCUACUAUAUACCAGCAGUUCAAUUAUUCAUCACUAUUGGAUUAUUUCUUUUUUAGGUACUCCAUCAUGAUUAAUCCAAAAGAAAACAUGUCAUAGUAAUAUAUUUUUUAUUAUUAGAUUGCACAUUCGUAUUCUGUUCUUUAUGUGAUUUAACUCCUUCUCUUAACCUUGAAAUGGAAUAACCUAUUCGGUUACACAUAUUAUUAAACAUUCAUAAUAGCAUGGACAGCACUUGGAAUCAAUACCUUUUUGAUUAUAUUAUUAUUGAUAACCAUGGUUGAAAAUUGCUUCCUUAAACACCUACCACAAAUAAAUGGUAAAAACAUAAUAUUAUUAAGGAACUAUAAUAUUUUGGUUUAUUUUUUAUAUAUUUGGAUUAACCAUAAUUCCAUUCUUUCUAUUAAAAACUAUUUGUGAUUUUUAUGAAGGUGACACUAUAUACAGUAAUAUCUAAUUAGCAUCAAUUGCUGUAUUAGUUUGUAUUUUGAUAUAUCUCUUUCUAUUUAUUUUCUUCACUCUAAAAAUUAAGAAAUAACUUAUGUAAUAUAUUUCUAUUAAUUUAGUGUUGUGUUAUAAUUAGAUCAUAGAUAAGCUAUUACACCAAAAAGACCAUUAUAAGAAACUACUUAGAAAAAAUGGAGAAAAUUAAAAAUUCCUAUAAUGUUUAUAAGAAUUUCAGCAUCUUAUUAUAAAAUGCUUACUCGUUAAUCAACAAUAGAUACUAAUACCCGUAAUACUAGUUCAAUACCUAUUUGCAGUGAUGUAUUACGGCCUGAUUCACUUAAUUUUCGUCAAUCGCCAUGUUAAACAAUGAUGAAAUAAAUGAAAUCAAUACCAAAAGAUUAAGAUUCAGGAGAUUUUUGUUUAAUUUGUUUUGAGAAUGAACCUGAUGUAGUAUUACAUCCAUGUAAUCAUGGAGGAAUUUGUAAUAAUUGUUCUGAAAAUAUGAUAAAAACUACCAAAUAAUGUUUUCUUUGUAGAUCAGAAAUUAGAUAUGCAUUGAAAAUUAAUCAAAAAGAUGGUGAGAUGCUAGAAGCUACUGAUGUAUAAAAAGUUUGA